CUUUUGGGAACUUACAUAAAAUUCAAUUAUGGCUGAGAUUCAAAAAUUCAGGGAUGAAAUUUUGGAGUGGCAUAAUAAAUUCCGAUUUGAACAUGAUUCACCAAAUCUUAAAAUUGAUGAUGAGUUGAAUAAGUUAGCCGCGGAAUGGGCCGAAGAUUUGGCAACCCGGGACGUAUUUGAGCGGAGGCCAAACAACUCUUACGGGGAGAACCAAUACGUCGGAAGUGAUGCUAACUCACAGCAAGUCGUCGAGUCGUGGUACAAUGAGAUAGACUCGUACAAGUUUGACGAACCGUCUCCGGAUAAUUUACCGGAAGUAGGUCACUUUACACAGUUGGUGUGGGGCAGCACCGAGACAAUGGGGUGCGGAAUGGCAAGAAGUGAAUCCAAUAAGGUCUACAUCGUCUGCUUUUAUAAUCCACCUGGGAAUAUCCAAGGUCAAUUUCAGGAAAACGUCAGACGUGCCAAAAAUUUUGCCGAGAGACCAGAGACAAAUAAUACCAGCAGAGGAAGCAUUAACAAAGGCUCAGAAAAUGAGAUGCCAGUUGAUCUCGUCCCAAGCCCAUCAUUGGAGCAACUUGGAAUACACCCUAGGAUGCAACCGAAACCUGAAGUACAAUUAAGGAUGAAACAGUGGUUAGGGGUCUCAUCAAGAAAAGUAGGCGGUUGGAUAAAAUGGCUUAUCGACAUACUCGGAAAGGCAUUAUGGUGGCAAGCUGCGAUUCAAAAGAGUUUAGAUGUAAUUAUGGCAAUUGUUAACGCAAUUCAGUUUUUUACUCGUCAAACUAAAUUAGAAGAGGCGUUUGAUCACGGCAACAAAUAUUUCUUGCAGGAGGGCAACGGAGCCGGAGCCGGAGCGAAAUUGCCAGGACGAGAAGUUCCCAGAUGGAAAAGAGUUGUUGAAAGCUCACGAUCGCGAAGACCGAACUCCAAUAAAUCAUUGAGAGUAUCAAAGCGAAGGGAAAUGAAAAGUGAUAAUAAAAUAUCAAUGAGGCUUGUACAAAGAGCGUUGUUCGAGUUGCCGUUAAAUGAGACUCCGAAGGGGAUAAUCGAUAAACCACAACGACGUCACUUAACAAAUGACACGGCCGAAGAAAAAGAUUACAGUGAACCGAGAGACGUUAUGGAAACAUCAAAGAAAAUCACCCGCCCGAUUGGAGUGACUCGCCCACCAGAAGAACUCCGGUUGAGGAAAGAAAACUUUCUACAAGUCAAAAAUGAAAAUGACUUGUCUAGAAAAAAAAAAGAACUUGAAGAUGUUGUUAAAAAACUCAACAAAGAUAUUGCUCUUUAUCAUUCACUUUGCAAGCGAUGGAAAAAAAUCAAUGAACAGAUGACCAAGGAAAUAAUCGACCGGGAAAUUUUUCCACCCGCAGAAAGUUACGAAGAUGAAAAAAUAUUGUUUUAUAGGUCUCUAAAUUUGGAUUCGUUAUUACAAUUACGCACUCCAACCUUUAGUGAAAUCUCCUUGUCACCAAGCGACGAGUUUUUGGAGCAUAAAAAUGACCGCGAGGUGAUAGUCCACAAAAACUCGGCCAAGCUGUACUUCAACUUGCAGAUGGAUCAAGGACUCCCCUCGGGAUCACAACCUGGCCCAAACUAAUCAUCCUGGAACUUAAUUUUAUUUCGUAGGUUUUUCUGUUUCUCGGAUCCGUUGCGGGGUUCAGAGUGAAAAAGUGUGAUCUGAUCCGCGUGGGAAUAAAGUUGGUGGCACGGAAGCUGGAGUGUAUAGAUACUAUACCCUGUAGCCUCUUAAAUUCGAGCAGACUUUUUCUACAGUACUGAAUUGUCUUGUUCUGUUUUAUUUUUUGUUUAUUUAACUUGUGUCUGCAGAGGGUAGCGCCCGCCGUCAAUAAAACUAAAAAGCGACGGAAAAUGUAAUUGUCGACGUCGAGAACGCUCCUGAUCGAUCCACUCAAUUCUAUUCCUUCUAAUUAACUCUUGUGAGAAAUAAAUUUAUUGAGUGGAUAGUUUGCUGAAGCUCUAGUCCUAUCCGGAGGAAUCCAGAAUUACUAUUAAUCUUCAUUUUUAUGGGUCUAACGCUUUUUUAUUUGAGGAUAAAUUAGACCGUUUUUUUAUUGAUACGCUAGGCCGGAAUGUUAAGGUAAUAUUUUUUUUUUUUAAUCAAGUGGAUUCUUUGAUUAUCGGUGUGAAAAAUCACGUCUUUAGUAGAAAAAAUGUAAUAAAAGUUCACAAA